UCUAAGCUCUCGAUACUGCUUUUUCGUCUACUACAGACCCCCGCGAAUAUAGCUUUGUUUGCCCUCCUCUCCCUUGCCUCUCUCCCUGCUUCACAGCUUGUUCAUCGUGAAGAUGUCAUUGAAGGAGCUAGACGACGGACUUGUACGCAAGAUGGCCAUCGGAGCAGUCUUCUCUGAUUUCGGAGGGAAGAUACGUUCGGUGGGGUUCCACAGGACAGAUGAUCUACUUGUUACAUCCAGCGAGGAUGAUUCACUUCGCCUCUUCGAUAUCGCCAACGCCAAACAGGUGAAGAUAACAUACCACAAGAAACAUGGCACCGAUCGUGUAUGUUUUACACAUCAUCCAAGCUCUCUUAUUUGCUCUUCUCUUUACAACUUGGACUCCACUGGUGAAUCCUUGAGAUAUCUCUCAAUGUAUGAUAAUCGGAUCCUUCGCUACUUUAAAGGUCACAAAGACAGGGUUGUAUCGCUUUGUAUGUCGCCUAUAAAUGAUAGCUUCAUGUCUGGUUCUCUCGACCGAAGUGUCAGACUCUGGGAUCUUCGUGUCAAUGCCUGCCAGGGAAUUCUACAUCUACGUGGAAGACCUGCCGUUGCCUAUGACCAACAAGGCCUUGUGUUUGCUAUUGCAAUGGAAGGAGGUGCUGUUAAGUUAUUUGAUUCCCGAUGUUAUGACAAGGGUCCAUUUGAUACAUUUCUGGUGGGUGGGGAUACUGCUGAGGUUAACGAUAUUAAAUUCAGCAACGAUGGGAAAUCCAUGCUCCUUACAACUACAAAUAACAAUAUCUACGUUCUCGAUGCAUAUCGUGGAGAGAAGAAAUGUGGUUUUAGUUUGGAGGCUUCACAGGGUACAUCCAUAGAAGCCACCUUCACACCGGACGGGAAGUAUGUUCUCUCAGGUUCAGGAGAUGGAACCUUACACGCGUGGAACAUCGAGAACCCAUCUGAGGUGGCGAGGUGGGAGAACAACAUAGGGGUAGUGUCGUGUCUGAAAUGGGCACCUCGUAGAGCAAUGUUUGUUGCUGCUUCUACGGUUCUCACUUUCUGGAUCCCCAACGACGGUGAGCCACUAGCCCCAGCCGACCAACAACCUCCUCAGUGACGACGUCAUUGUUUCCAUUAUGCAUUUGUGUAUUAUGAUUUUAUUAUUGACAAUUAGAAACUAACCAAAAGCAUUAGUGUUUUUAAUCUCACCAUAAUACAAAGUUCUCUUCUUUCGUUUUGGUGCUGGUUACAUACAACUAGGAUAA